AGACACUUUGCUCCCUAUCUUCACAGAAUCCUUCUGCUCAAUAUGGCCCCGAUCCGUGUCGCCCUCGUGGGCCUCUCUGCCAACGCAACGACCUCCUGGGCAGCCCAGGGCCAUCUUCCCUAUCUGCUCUCUCUACGAGGCAAGACUCAUUAUGAAGUCGUAGCCCUGCUCAACUCGUCCACCAAAGCAGCCGAAGCCGCAAGGGAACACUUUAAAUUGUCUAGCUCAGUAAAGACCUAUGGCGAUCCGGCUGCGCUCGCUGCAGAUCCAGACGUCGAUCUUGUCGUCGUCAGCACGCGCGUCGACACCCACGCGGCUCUUGCUCGACCCCAGCUCGAGGCAGGGAAGCCAGUCUUCGUGGAGUGGCCUGUGGCAUCGUCAGCAGCAGCCUCCCGCGCGCUGCUCGAUCCAGGCACGAACGAGAAGCACAAGGCCGCACUGCAGAGGAGUAUUGUUGGGCUGCAGGGGCAGGCGGCGCCCAUCCUCACCAAGUUGAGGGAGGUUCUCGACUCUGGGCGCAUUGGGAAGGUUGUCAACAGCGAGGCCAAGUUGUACGCAAACCUGCUCGGUCGAGACUCGCAACCUGAGCCUCUGGCCUAUCUCACCGAACGCAAAGUUGGCGGGAGCUCACUUACGAUCACCUACGGGCAUACGAUCGACUU